GAAGAACUGAUAACACGGGGCGGAAAAUGUGAAACGACCAAUCGCCGAACCACGUAUUCAGUUUGUAAAGCUCGCUCCUUCGUGUCACAUCGAAUUACGAUCUCCGAGGUUAUCCGCGCGCUUUGAUCGUGAUCAUGCCUUCGAUCUGUUUACCCUUCGCGUCGUAGAUUAUCCAUCGUCGUCGUCUGGAGCAGUUGUCGUCGCGAUGGGUCAUUCCACGUCGAAAGAAGCCGCCACCCCGAACAAUCCGUGGGAGGCGGAAAUUGCACGGAAGAAACGUCGCGAGCUAAAUGCCAAGGAGCGAGCUGCCGAACUGAAACAGAUCGUGAAGCAACGGAAACGGGCCGAAAAAGAAGCCCAGCGUGCUCAACGGAAGGAACAGAAGAAAAAGAAGAAGAACAAACGGAAAUCAAAGCUUGACGAUCUCAAGGACACUGAACCGCCGGCCAUAGUGCGGCAAUCUAAAGCAAAACUAGAAGAAAGUGACUACGAUUCGGAAGCGAUCCGGCGGAUGAAAGAUCAGCUGGCGUUCAACAGUGACAUCUUUGUGCUGAAUCAGCUGCUGCUCGGUGUGCAGUUCUACGGAAAUUACGAAAGAGACAUGUGGGAUGCAGUGGAAAGAAAUCGUCGGGAGGAGAACGAACGAAGUGGCAACAUUUCACGGCACUGCAAAACGGUCAUCUUGCCCGAUCGACUUCAGGAUGCGGUCGAUCAAAGAGUCAAGUUUCAGGCUAAACACGGACCUAUGAAGAAUGAGCUCCAGUCGUUGUACACACAGACCUGCUACGUCAUACACGACAACAUAGAGAUUUCCAAUCCUGGGGAGACAUCGGUCUACAGCAUUCUGACGGAUGCUCCGGUGUACAAGUUGGAGAUUGAGGAUGGAUUUGACGAGAAGUUUAGCGCUUCGGGUAAGCGAAGGAGUGCAAAUUGUCAUCAUGGAUAUGUGAAGCUGAAAAGUGUGGAGUAUAUCAAACCGAACAAUCCAUCUCCACUGGAUGUCAUCGAUAGAGCGAACGCUGCUGGCUACGGUGAGUCCAGCGGGUUAAAUAAGAAUCUAUCGAAACAGCGGAACGGAAAGUCAAGUAGCUCCAGCGAAAACUACAGCACAGACGAAGAAGACGACGACGAUAGUGGAGAGAAUGAUGUGCCGAUCGUAAACUUUGGGAAACUUAAGUUCAGAGACAGCGUCACCAUGAAAAUGCCCAGGAUGGUAAAUGGGGGCGGUAUCUACGGUACAAACUCCUUGCUGAUUCCUUCAACCUCAACGAGUUCAACGUCUCCUCCGAGCAGUGAAUACGAUUACGCAUAUAUUACGGCAAUCAACACUCAUCAACCGCUUAGCAUUAUGAAAAGCCUGAAUGACGAUCAACCACUCAGCACUACGGUACUUCCGGAUUACUGCGUGACCACGAUCAAUUCUUCGUCUGAAUUGAAUCAAGGCUACUACUCGGACGACGAAUCCGACGCAGAUAAACUUCUGUAUCUGGCCAAGAACGGCCUCCCGAUGAAGUCUAACCCAACGGUGUACACCACCGAACAGAAGCAAUAUCUCAACUCCAAGGGAUUCCUAGCGUACUUCAUAAACCUAUUCCAAGAGACCCUGGCAAAAGAUUUGGGAAUCGACAGAGAAAACCUGGACAAGGCUACAUGGAAAGGAGCCAUCAUUUACUGCGGUCAGUGGGAGGUAAUACCCGCGAUUGUGUGUCCAUGGCCUCGCGAAGCAUCCGAGUGGAUCGAACGGAAGCGCGAAGUCAAGAUCAAUCCUUUGACCAAGCAAAAAUUCCAAUGGCCAACGUCACCCAUGACCCAGAAGGUGAAAUCUUUUGGCUGUCACGUCAUUCCCACGGGAUAUUGCCCAAAAAUGGGCAACAAUCGCCAUCGGCAACUGGAGUGGAAAAUCGUCUUCCCGGAAGCGGAACGCUACCUCGAGAGCUGUCUCACCAACACCCAGGCCAAGAUCUACAUGCUCACCAAGCUAUUGUUCAGAACAUUCGUCGAUCCUGCUCUCGUCACCAAUAUGACCAUGUUCAGCAACGAACACCUGCGGGCACAUCUCUUCUGGCAGUGUGAAACAAACUAUGCAGCCUGGCCUGAAGACUACCUGGGAGAAGCUCUUAUUCGCUUCCUAAACGGCUUACUGGAUCGCAUAAAAACACACAAGCUUCCGGACUACUUCCUGCCCAGUCGGAAUCUGUUCGAAAACAUUCCGGAACGGGUACUGGUUGAGCUGCACAGACGAAUCUUUCGGAUUACGGAGAACCCUGUCAUGCAUCUGAUGAUUGCGUUGAGGAAUAUGAAGCUUCCCGGAGGGCAGACUGCGUUCUACCCGAAGUUGAAAAUCAAGCGACUCUAUUCGGUUCUGGUUAUCGAUAACCCACUGAAGAUCGUCAAUCCUAGGUUCCGGGAUGAGAACGAAAAUCUGGCAGCCGAGGAUUCCGAUGAUGGUUUAGAGCAGGAAAAGGAAGUUGCGGUGGGAUCCAUCGCUUACUUCAACAAACAAGAAGUGGAGUCUCGGAAGCAGAGAACGAGAAUCGUUCGAUUCAUGGAAGCGGAGAAGAUCAAGAAGGACAAACAGGAUGAACGAAGAGAGUCACAGGAUUCCAUUGAUUUGAUGUUUAAUUUCAACUUCCAGUUCAGUCCUCUGAAGCAUAUGGAAAAUUUACGGCGACAGCUGAUCUACAACGUCUUCGUGCAGCACUUCAUCGAGAUGGCACAGGUUUCCUACGUGUUCCGAACGCUGAACCAGGGUUUAAUCUACCUAAAGCAAGCCGAACGUAUAUGUAGUCUUCUGACGGACGAUCACGGCGUCGAAGAGUCCCGUCGAUUUUUGACUAAAAUCUACGGCGUACGGAACGAGAUCCAGAAGGCGAUAAACAGUGCAUCCUACCGGCCAGCACUGCCGAAACGGGCUAGCACUUCGGUACAGAGCCCUCAACAGCGACGCAUUCGGAUGAAGUCACCCAAACAGAAUGGACGCAAAGGUCGAGCGUCCUACAGUAACGUGAAUCGCAAGUCACCGGAAGAAACACCUCGGCAGUCUCCGGAACGGGUCAGGAAACGAUCAUCACGUCAACUGGCGACGAGCGUGCAGGUUCACAGCGCUGUAAAGGGAUCUCCACCGACUUCGACCUCCGACGAUCAGGAUGACAUCUCCCGUUUGCUGGGAAACGUCACAAUCGGUGCUUGACGACCGUAGGCUUAGGUUGUGUUAGAUUAUCAGCUUGAUUGAUUACUAUUUGAGAACUAUUUCUGUGAUAUGAAGAAUGCUUUGUGUAAGAAGAUGCUUUUUUUAAUGUUGAAUGUAGUUGUGUGGCUCUUAAUAAAAUGUUGAAU